GGUUCAUGCAUCCCUCGCCUGGUUCUUCCAACCACUACAAGCGAAAUCAUGACCUAGACCGAAGAACCAACCAUCCUGUGUCUUCCCUCCAUCAAUGGAUCUAAGGGGGACGAGAGUCGUGGUUCUCGGAAUUUGCGCGCAACCUCGUAGAAUGAAAGUGCAGUGUACAUGUCCAAUACAUGCGCAUGUUGUCAUGACCCAAAGGGAUUGUAGAAUAUUCCUCAGUGGAUGCUGGAUGAUCAUACAGAGAAUGCUCAUGCUUGCAUGUCCCACCCCGUCAGCUUCUACCGCGCUAAUGCUCCUUUACCCAAUACUCACGCUGGCCUCAGCUUGUUUUCAGCCCCCCCCUCUCCAUUUAGCUGGCUAGGGACGUUGAAUCCAUCUGACCCCGAACUCAGCUCGCCACCCUAGCAUUUCUGG